AAUGAUGAAGCCAAAAGAAAUAGCAAUAGCUAAGUGUGCAGCACAUAAAGGGGACAUGUCAAGAGUAACUCAGGGCAACAGAGCAGCUGAUGAGGCUGCAAAAGCUGUUACAGGGGCAGAUAAAGAAGGCAAAGUUCUUCUGGUCACUCAUGAAGUAGACUUGGAAGAUAAAAUCACCCUCAAAGACAUAGUCUCAAUGCAAGAAGCGGCCUCUGAAAUAGACAAACAGUUAUGGCGUGACCGAGGUGCAACACAGGAUACCACAGGAUUGUGGAGGAAUCAUGAAGGGCUGAUGGUGGCACCUCCAGACCUACUUGGAUUAAUGAUUCAGGAGGCACUUGGGUUAGCACAUGUUGCAAGGGGGAAGUAAAGAGAAAAAUCACAAAGGAGUAUGGUUGUUGGGCACCAUAUUUGCUUGAGCAAAUUGAUUAUGUCAUUAGCAAAUGCACAAUUUGUCUAAAGAACAAUGUUCGUAAGGGAGUACUGGUUCCUCCUGGCUAUGUCCCAACUCCAACUGGUCCUAUGCGGGAACUGGUUGUGGAUUUUGUUGACGUGAUUAAACCAGUGGGAGGUAAAAGGUAUAUGCUAGUGGUAGUUGACAGAUUUUUACGAUGGCCCGAAGCUUGUCCAACCAAACAAAAGGAUGCUCAGUCUGUUGCCAAGUUUUUGUGUAGGGAGGUCAUAAGCAGAUGGGUACUUCCAGAUCGCAUAUCCUCAGAUAAUGGGAAGGAGUUUGUGGAUAAAACGGUGCGGUUAAUUUAACAAAAACAUAGGGAAGUCGUGAUUGGACAUACAAACCGGUAAGGACAGUUAGAAGAAAAAAAAAAAAGGCCUAUAUACUAUAGUAAGGAAACAUUGAGCUCUGUGAGGAGAGGUGUGUUGGAAUUUGCGUGUGUGAGAGAAGCUUCAGGUGUGUGUGAGAGGAGUGUGUGUAUGGGUGCCGAGCUGUGAGUGUGAGUGCAAAAGAGUCUGUGUGCAGUGAGUGGUGUGUGCACAAAGUUGGGGAAUGGUCUAGCAUAGGUAUAAGUGAUUAACUUAUGAUAAAGUGACAAAUGAUGUCUUAUUAAAUAUAUAAUGAUAUGAUAUAAGAAACUAACAUAUAAGGGAAGAGAUACUGUUGCCUUUGUAAUGUUAAAAACAUAUGAGCCCUGGUUUUUUCUUUGUACAGGGACGUUAAUAGAAUAAGUAACUGCUAUGAGCCUCUCAGGAUAAAGAGGACGUUUGUACACCUAAUAGUAAGAAAUGAGCCCCUUAUUAGAUGAGGAGGACUUUGGAUGGUGAUAACAUCCUCGAUUAAAAUGGCAAUUAAAGAAGUGUACACAAGCACAUUUGUCUUCAUACUGAUACAAGAAAAAACAGAGUAAAAGAUUGGAAUGAUUUGCUAACUGAUGAGUGUGGUUUUCCUCUGUGUGUGUGUGAAUAUUUAAAGUGAAGGGUCACUUGCUGAUGAUUAUGUUUAGAGGGAAGUCCUAGUUAAAGAUUAGGAGAAUCCAGGGAGCUUUUUCUCCCCCUUUCUUUCUCUUCUUACAGGCCUGAGAACAGAAAGAAAGCUAAAAAAUCUAGUUUAACUAUCCUAGUUGUGUGAAAAUUUAAAUGAUAUACCAUGGUAAAGGGGAACUGUGUAUAAUAAAUUUUAGUAGUUAGAUAAUAGAAGAAAUCUUUAAAUAGUGGUAGUAAACGUUUUAAAUUGUAUUGAAUGAAGUGAUUGUAAUGUACUAAGCAUUUGAUUUGUCUUUUGUCCUUAACACUGAUGCAUGAGAGAGGAGAGGAAAAUGGAAUGCAUCUGACGCUGGAGCUCCCAUGAGACAGAUAAGAAGAUAACUGGCUGUGCUGCAAACAAGAGGGGGCUUUCGGAUGAGAGGCUCACCAGGUCCUGCUCCCAUUUGACAGGCCAGUACAGUUUUAUCUACAAACUCUUCUCCUAUGUGUCUGCUGCUACUUAGUUGUACAUACACACAUUUAUAGUGGGAACACAUUUAGUUGGGUGUAAAUAUUUGUUAGUGCUAGGCAAUAAGAGUAGUAGUUUUGUUGGUAAAAAGAAAGGCUUGGCAAUAGACUGACCAGUUGAAAGGGCUGAUUAAGUACCGUAGUAUUGUUGAAUUAAAAGAGCAUUUCCAAGAGGUCUAAAUUUUGCUGAAACGUGUGGAUGUGGUUUGUCAUUGCUGCUUGGUAAAAUCACACAAAUUGAUCAAUGAUGAAGCCAAAAGAAAUAGCAAUAGCUAAGUGUGCAGCACAUAAAGGGGACAUGUCAAGAGUAACUCAGGGCAACAGAGCAGCUGAUGAGGCUGCAAAAGCUGUUACAGGGGCAGAUAAAGAAGGCAAAGUUCUUCUGGUCACUCAUGAAGUAGACUUGGAAGAUAAAAUCACCCUCAAAGACAUAGUCUCAAUGCAAGAAGCGGCCUCUGAAAUAGAUAAACAGUUAUGGCGUUACUAAGGUGCGACACAGGAUACCACAGGAUUGUGGAGGAAUCAUGAAGGGCUGAUGGUGGCACCUCCAGACCUACUUGGAUUAAUGAUUCAGGAGGCACAUGGGUUAGCACAUGUUGCAAGGGGGGAAGUAAAGAGAAAAAUCAUAAAGGAGUAUGGUUGUUGGGCACCAUAUUUGCUUGAGCAAAUUGAUUAUGUCAUUAGCAAAUGCACAAUUUGUCUAAAGAACAAUGUUCGUAAGGGAGUACUGGUUCCUCCUGGUUAUGUCCCAACUCCAACUGGUCCUAUGCGUGAACUGGUUGUGGAUUUUGUUGACAUGAUGAAACCAGUGGGAGGUAAAAGGUAUAUGCUAGUGGUAGUUGACAGAUUUUUACGAUGGCCCGAAGCUUGUCCAACCAAACGAAAGGAUGCUCAGUCUGUUGCCAAGUUUUUGUGUAGGGAGGUCAUAAGCAGAUGGGUACUUCCAGAUCGCAUAUCCUCAGAUAAUGGGAAGGAGUUUGUGGAUAAAAAGGUGCGGUUAAUUUUACAAAAGCAUAGGGAAGUCGUGAUUGGACAUACAAACCGGUAAGGACAGUUUAAAGAAGAGAAAAGAAAUUAAGUUAAUAUAAAGUUAGGGACGACGCGAUUGGGCAUACAAACCGGUAAGGACAGUUAGAAGAAAAAAAAAAAAGGCCUAUAUACUAUAGUAAGGAAACAUUGAGCUCUGUGAGGAGAGGUGUGUUGGAAUUUGCGUGUGUGAGAGAAGCUUCAGGUGUGUGUGAGAGGAGUGUGUGUAUGGGUGCCGAGCUGUGAGUGUGAGUGCAAAAGAGUCUGUGUGUAGUGAGUGGUGUGUGCACAAAGUUGGGGAAUGGUCUAGCAUAGGUAUAAGUGAUUAACUUAUGAUAAAGUGACAAAUGAUGUCUUAUUAAAUAUAUAAUGAUAUGAUAUAAGAAAUUAACAUAUAAGGGAAGAGAUACUGUUGCCUUUGUAAUGUUAAAAACAUAUGAGCCCUGGUUUUUUCUUUGUACAGGGACGUUAAUAGAAUAAGUAACUGCUAUGAGCCUCUCAGGAUAAAGAGGACGUUUGUACACCUAAUAGUAAGAAAUGAGCCCCUUAUUAGAUGAGGAGGACUUUGGAUGGUGAUAACAUCCUCGAUUAAAAUGGCAAUUAAAGAAGUGUACACAAGCACAUUUGUCUUCAUACAGAUACAGGAAAAAACAGAGUAAAAGAUUGGAAUGAUUUGCUAACUGAUGGGUGUGGUUUUCCUCUAAAAUGCCUAAAACGCCUAAAAUGACUCGAGAGGAGGCCAAAGAUGACGACCAACUCCGUGAUGCAGAAGGAGAUUGGAUGAACAAGACAACAUGGAGAAGUAAAGUAAGUAAAGUUUGAUGAAUGUGUUUGUUUCAUUAAACUGUUGUAUUUGUGUGCUGCUCUAUUAACCUGCAUUUUCUUCAUCUUUCAUCUCCUUAUAUUUAUCUCUAUACAAUAGACACACGCAAGGAUGAGAGUGAAGAUGAUGAGCAGCCUAAAGAAGAAGAUAAGAUGAGAACAGCAGCAAAGAUGGUGAACAUGGACAAGAGUUUCAGGGCAUGAAGGUACACUGACUGCAUCCUUUGUUCUUUUCUUUCAGAUUGUAAUCACUUCUUAAAGAUUGGUCUCUACAUACUUUGGUGGAUAUCUGUUAAAGGAUAUUGUAUUUUAAUAUUUUUGUCUUUUCAUUAUAGUUUAACAAGUGUAAGAGUGGCCUCCUAACGCAGCAGUGAUCCAGCUGGUGACUGAAAAGGACAGAAGAAACUCUGGAAGGAGAGCAGCCAUGUUGACACGGAGGCUGCACCACAUUUUGCACAUGCAAAUAAAUUGUGACAUUUUAGUUUAAACCAUGUCUUAAGUUGUGUUUUCGAAAGAUGAAAGUUCUUGAACCCUUUGCACACACUUACAGCCUGUCUCCUCACAGCAUUUUAAAUUAUUUGUAUUAGAUACCAUAUCAUAUGUGCAGAGAAGAAGAAAAGAAGAGUUCAG